AGGAGGAAGCACCUGUUGGAGUCUGCCUCGAAAUUCCUACGCUGACUGCAGCUCCUGAACGCAGCACGAGAGCCAGCCCCGCUCUGGAGGAUCUCCUCCCGCAGUCGCUCCCGGUGCGGGUCGCAGUUCGCCCUGAGCCCGCCGGAGGAGGAGGUGCAGGAGGAGGUGCUGGAACCGCACAGACCGGACCGCAGAGAUGUCCCUGCUGUGCGUCAGAGUGAAGAAAGCCAAACUCCAAGGCCCCCCAGACAAGUUCAACGCCUACGUGACCCUGAAGGUGCAGAAUGUGAAGAGCACGACCAUCGCCGUGCGCGGAGACCAGCCAUGCUGGGAGCAGGACUUCAUGUUUGAGAUCAAUCAUCUGGACUCGGGUCUGGUGGUGGAGCUCUGGAACAAAGGCCUGAUCUGGGACACCAUGAUCGGGACGGCUCUGAUCCGGCUGGACUCCGUUCAACAGUCGGAUGAGGAGGGACCGGGACAAUGGACUUCUCUGGAUUCUGAGGUUCUGAUGAAGGAGGAUCAGAUUUGUGGAACCACCAACCCCACUGCACACCAAGUCCUGCUGGACACUCGCUUUGAGUUACCCUUCGAUAUCCCAGAGAACGAGGCGCAGUACUGGACCAGCAAACUGGAGCGCUUCAACAUGUCCAUGUCUGAGCAGUAUUCAUUACAUGAUGGGAUGCAGAGAAGAGGACUGCCCCCCCAAUGCUCCUCCGAGGACCGGGACAGCGUCAUAGACGAGCGCUACAGUGAGGCGGGCGGCAGACCCCCCCCGUUCCACAACACCUCCCAGCCCAAUUCGUCGGCCCACCAGUACCCGAUCGGACGCCUCUGGAGCGAGUCCUCUGAGCCGGACUUUGGAGAACCAGGGACACGCAGCCCCCAGGACAGCAGUCAUCUGGAUUCUUCUGGAAACCGCAGCCCCAUCAGCUCCCAGCUGAGCCCUGAGCUCCAGCAUCCGGAGCCCAGACCCCCCAAGGUCAACAUCACGUCCAGCUGGAAUGAGGAUGAAGAUGUGGAGAAGGAAAUGCAUGCCCCCCCAGAGCCCGGGUCCGGCAAGGAUUUGAAGGAAAAGCUUUCCUCGCCAUCCGCGAUCAUCUGUGAGAAGGAGCCGAGAGGACUGUGCCCGAUCAGUCCCUUCGAGGACACCCCUCCACCCUGCUCUCCAUCCACAGUCCGCUGGCUGAAGGCCUACAACAGAGUGAGGGAGAAGCUGCUGCAGGGUCCACGUCUAGAGGGGGACCCCAACAAGCAGCCGUGGGCCAAGCCAGGAGGAAACGCUCCGUUUGGGAUCGACAGCAUGCCGGACCUCCGCAGGAGGAGGCCCGUUUCGCUGGUCAGCGACCUGGCCAUGUCCAUGAUCCAGUCCAGGAAAGCCGGCCUGGCUCAGACUCUGGCCACGCGGGCCUCCCUGAAGGACGGAGAGCUGAAAACUCACGUCUACAAGAAGACUUUGGAGGCUCUCAUCUACCCCAUCUCCUGCACCACGCCGCAUCACUUUGAGGUGUGGACGGCCACCAAGCCCACCUACUGCUACGAGUGUGAAGGCCUGCUGUGGGGCAUCGCCCGGCAGGGCAUGCGCUGUGCAGAGUGUGGUGUGAAAGUGCACGAGAAAUGUCAGGAGCUCCUGAACGCCGACUGCCUGCAGAGAGCUGCGGAGAAGAGCUCCAAGACGGGGGCGGAGGACCGGACGCAGCACAUCAUCAUGGCCAUGAAAGACAGGAUGAAGAUCCGUGAGAGGAACAAGCCUGAGAUCUUUGAGGAGAUCCGGAAGGUCUUCAACAUCUCGAAGACGAUCCACGCUCAACACAUGAAGAACAUCAAGCAGAGCGUCCUGGACGGAACCUCCAACUGGUCUGCAAAGAUCUCCAUCACAGUCGUCAGCGCUCAGGGUCUCCAGGCCAAAGACCGGACGGGAUCCAGUGAUCCGUACGUUACCAUCCAAGUGGGCAAGACCAAGAAGAGAACCAAAACCAUCUAUGGGAACCUCAAUCCAGUGUGGGAGGAAAAGUUCAGCUUCGAAUCCCACAACUCAUCCGAGAGAAUCAAGUUACGCGUUUGGGACGAGGACGACGACAUCAAGUCCAGAGUGAAGCAGCGCCUCAAGAGAGAGUCGGACGACUUCCUGGGUCAGAGCAUCAUCGAGGUCCGAACGCUGAGCGGCGAGAUGGACGUUUGGUACAACCUGGAGAAGAGAACAGACAAGUCGGCCGUCUCUGGAGCCAUCCGUCUUCAGAUCAGCGUGGAGAUCGCGGGCGAGGAGAAGGUGGCGCCGUACCACGUUCAGUACACGUGUCUCCAUGAGAACAUCUUUCACUUCUCCACGGACGUGGAAGGAGGCGGCGUGGUGAAGAUCCCGACGGCUGUUGGGGACGAGGCGUGGAAAAUCUACUUUGAUGAAGUUCUUCAGGAGAUAGCGGACGAGUUCGCCAUGCGUUAUGGCGUGGAGUUCAUAUACCAGGCCAUGACACAUUUUUCCUGCCUCUCCUCCAAGUACAUGUUGUCUGGCAUUCCAGCGGUGAUGAGCACCCUGCUGGCCAACAUCAACGCCUUUUACGCCCACCCCACGGCCUCCACCAACGUCUCUGCUCCUGCCAGGUUUGCUGCCUCCAACUUUGGGAGAGAUCGCUUCGUGAAGCUUCUGGAUCAGCUGCACAACUCUCUGCGCAUCGACCUGUCCAUGUACCGCAAUAACUUCCCCGUCAGCAGCAAGCCUCGUCUGAACGACCUGAAGUCGACCGUGGAUCUUCUCACCAGCAUCACCUUCUUCCGGAUGAAGGUGUUGGAGCUGCCCAGCCCCCCCAGAGCAGCCAGUGUGGUGCGUGACUGCGUCAAGGCCUGCCUCAAGUCCACCUACGAGUACAUCUUCAACAACUGCCAGGAGCUCUUCAACCACCAGUUUCAACCCGCCGACCAAUCACCGCCUGAGCCAAAGAAAAAAAAGAAAAAACAGGAAGACGGACAGACGGAAGGAGAGGAUGAGGAGCAGGAAGAGGAGGAGGAGGAGGAGGAGGAGGAGGAGGAGGAGAGUCUGCCGCCCGAGGAACAAGGCCCGAGUAUCCAGAACCUGGAGUUCUGGCCCAAACUCAUCACUCUCAUCGUGUCCAUCAUCGAGGAGGACAAGAACUCGUACACGCCCGUCAUCAACCAGUUUCCUCAGGAGCUGGACGUGGGGAAGGUCAGCGCCGAGGUCAUGUGGACGCUCUUCGCUCAGGACAUGAAGUUUGCUCUGGAGGAGCACGAGCAGCAUAAACUCUGUAGGACGGCGGACUACAUGAACCUUCACUUCAAGGUCAAAUGGCUGUACAACGAGUACGUGAAGGAUCUGCCCGCCUUCGCCGACGCCGUGCCUGAAUAUCCCUCGUGGUUCGUCCAGUUUGUCCUGGCGUGGCUCGCUGAGAACGAGGAGGUUUCCAUGGAGUUCAUGCACGGAGCUCUGGAGAGGGACAAGAGGGAGGGGUUCCUGCAGACGUCUGAGCACGCUCUGUUCUCCAGCUCCGUGGUGGACAUCUUCACGCAGCUCAACCAGAGCUUUGGGAUCAUCACGAAGCUGGAGUGCCCCGAUCCCGCUGUGGUGGCCCAGUACAGCAAGCGCUUCGCCAAGACCAUCACCAAAGUUCUGCUGCAGUACUGCGCCCUGCUGGCCAAGAGCUUCCCGUCCUACUGUGAGAAGGAGAAGAUCCCCUGUGUCCUCAUGAACAACAUCUGGAGGAUGAGGGUCCUUCUGGAGAAGAUGUUCGAGUCGAUGGGGGCCAAACAGCUGACCGCUGAGGAGGAGCGGCUGGAGAACGAGGAGGAACCAGAGGAGGGUGAUGAGGAGCCGCCGGCGUCCGACAGUGAGGGGGAGGAUCACAUGUCUGAAGACACGAAGUCUGGCUGCUCAGACUCAGAGGCAUCAGAGCUCGACAACAAGGAGACGGAGAAAAAGCUGGAUGAGGAAAAGCUGGACACGGAGGCGGCCGACAUCCUCAACGAUCUGCAGAUGAAGCUCAGCGGCGUCCUGGACAGCUUCAGUACCAUCUUUGCAAAGAGUUUCCAGGGUCGCAUUAAUGGCUGCAUGCGUCAGAUGGCGGAGCUCCUGUACCAGAUGAGAGGUCCCGCCAACCAUGACACAGCAGAGGCUGACGCUGACGUCAUGCUACGGCCUCUCAUGGAGUUCCUGGAUGGGAAUCUCAGCAUCUUCGCUGACAUUUGUGAGAAGACGGUCCUGAAGAGGAUUCUGAAGGAUCUGUGGAAGAUCGUCCUGAGCAGCCUGGAGAAGACCAUCGUUCUUCCUCAGAGCAACGACAGCCUGGGAGCCCAGAUCCUCACUGCAGCCAAAGGACUGUCCAACCUGAAGGGAGGAGCUGAAACCAAAACCUUGACGCCCAAACAGUGUCUGAUCAUCGAUGCGGGGCUGGAGACCAUCAAGCAAUACUUCCACGCUGGAGGAAGCGGGCUGAAGAAGACCUUCGUGGAGAAAAGUCCAGAGCUGGCGUCACUGCGGUACGCGCUGUCGCUGUACUCCCAGACCACCGACGCCCUCAUCAAGACCUUCGUCAGCACGCAGCACUCACAGGUGCAUGAUGGGAUGGGCAUCAGGAUCACAGGAAAUGAGAAAGUCAGACCAGAUCGAGGCUCCGGCGUGGAGAAGCCCAUCGGAGAAGCCGUGCUGCAGAUCGACAUGAUUCCCGGGAAGGAGCGCAAAGUCGCCAUCCGAGUGAUCGCGGUGAACGACAUGAAGUGGCAGACGUCCGGCAUGUUCCGACCCUUCGCCGAGGUCUCCAUGGUCGGUCCCUUCCUCGCCGACAAGAAGCGCCGCUUCGCCACCAAGUCCAAGAACAACAGCUGGACGGCCAAGUUCAACGAGUCCUUCCAGUUCGUCCUCGGGAAGGAGACUCCCGACUGCUACGAGCUGCAGCUGACGGUGAAGGAUUACUGCUUCGGCCGGGCGGAUCGGGUGGUCGGCGUGGCCGUCGUCCAGCUGCGGGACGUGGCCAACCGCAAAAGCUGCGUGUGCUGGUGUCCGCUGGGCCCGCGGAUUCACACCGACGAGACCGGCACGACCGUCAUGCGCAUCCUCUCCCAGCGGCCGUCCGACGAGGUCGCCAAGGAGUUCGUGAAGCUGAAGUCCGAAAGCCGUCCGGCAGAAGAGGGCAGAUGAGAGUCCAAACGUUCAAGUCCCGCGCAGAGGAGAGACCCUCAUGUAAAACCAGGAGGACGCUGUCCAAAGUUCUGCUGAGGGACCACUGCCAAAGAAAAAAGGAGAUCAGCUGAUCUGAUCCA